GUCGAGGCUCAUUGUCGUCGGGGGGCUUCCUUACCCUUGAUACCAACCGCGAUGCGCUUUCCCACCCACGAUCCGCAGGCGCCGUUAAUGACUGGCCCGCCAGCCCCUCGCCUAGCUGAUAUGCCAACCCCUCCCCAGGCCCGCCGCAUACUUGGCUUUCUCAUCACGCCGCCUGUCGUUGCGCCCUUUUGCGACGAAGACUGCCCGCUUCCCGAUGAUGCGGACGGUCUCGACAUUUCUGGCCACUACUCUUAUAUGAAGUCCUACAUACCAUACUUGAUGGCCGAAAGGCAUGGUCUCGCCUUCGAGGACGGCGUGCUGGUUUAUCGGGACGGUGCACAUAGGACCACGGCUCAGGCGGUCGUGCUAGCGGACUCGAGGGCACCGCGCAUGGCUCACCGUCAGCCGCCCCCACGCGAAGUCAUCGAUGCUGUGGCCAAAGACUUGGGACUUGAAGGCGAGGCCCGCGAGCCAAGGUGGUACAAGCCCGCCAGCUGAGUGAUACUCAAUCCUCUCUGAAAUACUCCUGAUCGUGUGUAGAACGAACUCUGGGUAUUGCAAACCUCGUAGACGCGUAGGCUAGUACUGGGUAUAAACGAGUUCCCAAAGUCAGGAA